CGGGACGUUAAGCUGAACAAUUUGCCGCUCGGACAAAUGCGAAUCACAUACUUCGUUGGUAACAUCCACAACAGAACUAAAAGGCGUGUGUACAACAUUUUACAAAUAAAACCGCGCAAUUUUAGAGAUAUUCAUAAAAAAUAAAAUAAUGAUUGGUACUCAACUGCGUUACCCUAAGAAAGACUGUUAUCGUUUCUUUCUAUCGCCCUAUCGUAGUUUCUCUGUGACAAAUGCCCGAGGAUACCAACGUAAAUUGACAAAAUACAAUCAAAGCUAUAUCUGCAAUUAUACCAAAAAUUCUUUGGUAUAUCGCAACAUCGGCCAGGAAUUGGAGAGAGCUGCAGCUGAAUAUAGUUCCACAGAAGCUAUUGUCUCCUGCCAUGAAGCUGAACGAUACACGUUCAAAAGCCUCCUAGAUGAGGUCGAUCGUGUUGCUGCAGGCCUAUUAAGGCUAGGCUUAAAGAAAGGCGACCAUGUUGGCUUGUGGGGGCCCAAUAAUGUGCAUUGGUAUUUAACAUUAAUGGGAGCUAGUCGAGCUGGCCUCAUAUCAGUUGGCAUUAACCCUGCAUUUCAAGCUCCCGAACUCGAAUAUUGCCUGAAAAAGGUCAAUGUAAAGGCGCUUGUGUCACCGCUAACCCAUAAAUCUCAAAAUUUCUAUGAUAUUGUCCAUUCCAUAUGCCCGGAGUUGGGGUCAAGUGAGAAGGGUCACAUAAAGAGUACAAACUUGCCUCACCUCAAGUCACUUAUCAUCGAUACUGAUGCACCACUGAAUGGGGCAUUGACAUUCAACGACUUGCUGGAAAUGGGAAGCCAUCCGAGCAAGGAAGGUAUUACCAAGUUACAGUCAUAUAUCACUCCAGACUCACCGUGCAAUGUUCAAUUUACUUCGGGCACUACGGGACAACCGAAAGCGGCUGUUUUGUCCCACUUCAAUUUCGUCAACAAUGGCAUUCAUAUCGGCAAUCGUAAUAAACUGAACGGAGAAAGAAUUUGUGUUCAGGUCCCUCUCUUCCAUGCUUUUGGUGCCGUUGUUACCAUAAUGCCGGCGCUGUCUCAUGGCGCAACAAUGGUUCUUCCUGCUGCGGGUUUCAGUCCUGCAGACUCUUUGAAAUCAGUUGCGACUGAGAAGUGCACCAUCAUCCAUGGAACACCCACAAUGCACGUCGACGUUAUUCGAAAGCAAAAAGAAAUGAAUCUUCCACUCGAAACACUCCACAUGGCAGUGACCGGUGGAGCCACCUGUUCACCGCAACUGUUUCUAGACAUUCAAAACUACUUGGGAGUGAAAGAAAUUCGCACCAUUUAUGGUUUGACUGAAACUUCGGCGAGUGUCUUUCAGUCUCGUCCAGGCGAUUCCAUGGAUCAAGUUUUGAAUACAGUGGGGCAUGUUCAAGACGAUAUCGAAGUUAAAGUUAUAGAUUCGGAAGGAAACACUGUGCCAUUUGGUCAGGCCGGUGAAUUGUGCGUUAGGGGAUAUCUCACCAUGCUGGGCUAUCACAACGAUGAGCAAAAAACUAAAGAGAUGAUAGGUGCAGAUAAAUGGCUGCACACAGGAGAUCAAUUUGUUUUACAACCCGAUGGAUACGGACGCAUUGUAGGUCGUUUCAAGGAAAUGCUAAUCAGAGGUGGCGAGAACAUUUUCCCCAGAGAAAUCGAAGACUUUCUGAACACCCAUGAAAAUAUUAUAGAAACACAUGUUAUCGGAGUUCCUGAUGAAAGAAUGGGCGAAGAGAUUUGUGCCUUUGUGCGCUUACACGACGACACUCAGCCAAUGAAUCGGGAUGUUCUCAAACAAUUCUGCAAAGGCAAACUGUCCCACUUUAAAGUUCCUCGAUAUGUGGUAUCCGUGCAAGAGUUUCCCAAAACAACAUCGGGGAAAAUACAAAAAUUCAAAUUACUUGAACAUUUUAAAUCUAACUGUUUACGUCAAAGCCGUAAAUAUGAUCCCAAUUGGGAAUCUAAAAAUCCCCAAAUUUUUCUCACUUAG